GAAACUUUACUCAUCCGCUUCAGAGUUCCCUUUUUAGGUUUCCCCGCACAAUGUGAAGGAAAUGGCUGGGACAAGCUCUGAUUGGGUGGAGAUCCUGGAACCUCGCUCUCGAGAGUAUAUGUAUGUAAAUCUGGCAACAGGGGAAUGCGGUUGGGAUCCGCCCAAGGGAACCCCCGUUCGCCAGGCUGAUGGCAACCAGUGGUGGGAGCUCUUUGACCCCCAAAGUGGACGCUUUUACUAUUACAACUCCGUGGACCGGCUGACCGUGUGGCACCGGCCCCAGGGGGGUGACAUCGUACCCUUGUCCCAACUGCAGGCCAUGAAACGCUGCUCAGAGACUGAGCACAGGGGCUCCAUUAAGGAGAGGCCACAUGGGACUGGCACCACGGGAAGUCAAGGGAGACGCACCCCACUGCCACCUCCGGAGCCCUGCCCAAGAGAACCUGACACCAUCGAGAAGGACACCAAGGACCAAGCCACAGACACCAGACAGCAGGCAGACAGUAGCACAAACAGCAGCAAAGACUCUCUCAGGGAACAGCACAGGAGCACGUCACAGAGAUGGCAGCCCCCUCCGGGGUCUAAGGCUGCCAUGCUGGUGAAGGUUAGCAGCAUUGGCCGAAGUCAAACAGGACAAACAGGAGGAAGUAAUGGUUCAGCAUCCCUUCAGCUCCCUUACCACAUCUCACACAGUAAAGCCAAUGGUCACAGCGCCUGCACCCUCAACCCCAUGAGCACCAAGACAGCGACGGGCUACGUGUUGUCCACCCAGGCAUAUAAAACCACACCAGCCGGCAAGACGAGCACGGAUACCAGACAGGCACAUCAUCUGAGAAAGGCCAGCAGUGGCAGCUUCUCUCUCGUGACUUCCAGUGACCAUUCCAUGCAGCCAGUGUCGCUCAAGCCGCAGACCAGCACACCAAGGCCAGUAUCUCCCCAGUAUGGGGCGACAGCACGCCUCUACGAUGAUCCUCCAACCGACUGCCCCAUCUACGACGACCCUCCAGUGGAUAUGGAAGUGGAGGGUGCCCACCUUCAAAGCAGAUCUGCACCUUCUCGCCAUUCACACAGUUUGCAGAAACCUAAACUCCUCCAACACCCUGGUCAGUCCCACACAGGCUCUAGGCACAGUCGAAACCCCUCGGCCUCUGACUACAGCCCUGCUGGACUGGAGUGUAUAAAACACAUGGUCAAUGUAGACCCAAAACAGGUACAUCCUCCUCCUUCAUCACCCAUUCCCCCUCCAAGCCCCUCACCCACCUCCGUGCCAGAGUCUGUGCUCCCCCAGGCAAGUGGCCUGCAGAAAGGGCCUGUCAGUCUUGAGAAGAAACAGUCCUGGAAGGUGCUGGAGACCAGUGUGCUCAGGGCCAUGGAGGUGCAUCACAGCAGACAAAGCAGCCAGGCCUCUCAGGACUUUUCCACACCUCCACUGGCCACUGGUACCUAUCAGGACUCAGGUUACUCCACAGGGCCUUCACCCAGCUUGCGCAGGAAGAGCCGCAGGAGGAUGGGCUCCGGGGUCCAGGGCCGGCCGGGUUCUGUGGGUAGCAGUGGGGAGAUCAGCGCUCUAAAUGAGCGACUGAUGGCGGAGAUGAGGGAGGUUGUGAGCCGCUCUAAUACCAUGCGUGAGACCAAGUCCAGCCAGGAUUCAGAGAUGCUUGAGGGAUGCUCUGCACCUCGUGCGAACUCCCCGCUUGGUUCACCUAGUGUGUUUCACAGUGCAGGAAGGUGUCCCUCUCAAGAGGACCUUGCUUCCUGUAGCCACUCACUGAGCAGGGCUGGAAGCCAUGCCAGUACCUUUACUGGCUUAGACAUCCCUGGAAGGCAGAAACGCACCUAUGAAAAGGUGGAUACUCUGGAGAAGAGUAUCAUCAGCCAGGCCAGCCUGUCCUCUCCUGAGACCCCAGGACACCCCUCUCAGGCAGGGACUUUGGAAGCUAAGGCUCAGUUGGGGAGUGGGAAGAAAGGUAUGGUGGACGGGCAAACAAGCUCCCUUGGCACCCACCGCACCGUUUCCAGUGACAAUGAGGGACGUGGAGGUGGAGGUGGAGGAGAGGAUUACCAGUUCUCCUACGCCACCAUGCAUCAUCCGCCUCCCCCAGAAGGUGGAAUGGCUGAUUGGGCCAGCAAGCACCUGAACAUGCACACUCAGGGGCUGUUCAGGCGCCGGGUCUCCAUUGCCAACAUGCUGUCCUGGAACCGCGGCUCCAUUAAGAAGCCCAUGCUGGUGACCAAUGAUCGUACCGUGCGCAAGGAAGCCUGCGAGAUGUUUAAACUGGUGCAAGCCUAUAUGGGUGACCGGCCUUCGCGGCUGGACCGCCGCCACAUUGCCCUGCUCAUUGUCACCAAAUGCUGGAGCAUGCAGGGUUUGCGUGACGAGCUUUAUGUGCAGCUGGUGAGGCAGACCACAGGCAACACCAGCCCACGUAGCCUGGCCGCUGGCUGGGAGCUGAUGGCUGUCAGCCUGGCUUUCUUUUCACCAUCACCCAAGUUCUGCUGCUACCUGGAAGGCUACAUCCACCGACACACAGAGCCUGCUAAUGACAAGAAAUUAACCCAGUUCAUACUGGACCAGCAGGACAUGAAAAAGAAAAACUCCAAAUCCAGGAAGAAGAGAAAACAGAAUACAGAUGAGGAGUGUGGUCUGCCCAUCAGCACUUAUGCCAAGUACUGCUACCGCAAGCUCCAGAAAGUGGCUGUCACAGGAGGGAAGAAGGGUCUUCGUAAACCCACAAUAGAGGAGGUGGACCACAGCAGGAAGGCCAUCGUGACUCCAUCUCUGUUUGGCAGUUCACUGGAGGAGGUGAUGGAGCGACAGAGUGAACUCUUCCCUGACAGGAAGUUACCCUGGGUUCAGGUGCAGCUCUCUCAGUAUGUGCUGGCCUUGGGAGGAACUCAGACUGAGGGCAUCUUCAGGGUGCCUGGAGACAUUGAUGAGGUGAAUGCACUCAAGCUGCAGGUGGAUCAGUGGAGGAUCCCGGAGAACCUGUCUGAUCCCAAUGUCCCUGCCUCUCUGAUGAAGCUUUGGUAUCGCGAGCUGGAGGAGCCUCUAAUUCCCAUGAGCUUUUAUAAUCAGUGUGUCAGUAAUUUUGACGACCCAGCGGCAGCUAUCAGUGUGGUGCAGUCCCUGCCUGAGCUCAACAGACUUGUGCUUUGCUACUUCAUCCACUUCCUUCAGAUUUUUGCCCAGCCUGCUAACGUGUCUGUAACGAAGAUGGAUGUUAACAACCUUGCCAUGGUCAUGGCUCCAAACUGCCUCCGCUGCCACUCUGAUGACCCACGGGUCAUCUUUGAGAACACACGCAAGGAGAUGUCUUUCCUGCGCAUGCUCAUCGUACACCUGGACACCACCUUCAUAGAGGGAAUUGUGUAAUGCUCUCAUACUCGACUGCCCUCCAGUAUAUGGUUACGCACUUCAGCAGCCUAUGCAACUCCAGCAAGCAACACGCACUGAAGGACUUUGUCUCUUGCUCACUUCUGUUGGGUAUUAAAUCAUUCAUUGUUCACCUCAGUGACUCUUGGAACAUUACACCAUGAUAAGCAUAUACACAAAGACAGUAAAAUGUUCAGCAACAGUGUGGUCUCAUCCCUUGGCCUAGUGUUGUUUAUUCUCUGUCUUUGGUAACUGCAUGUAAACCAAUCCUUUCCUCUACUCAAAUAAUAUAUAGUUGUGGGUUAAUGUCACACAAGAAAGAAAACGGGUGGUUGUAUUUACUUUCAGACUAAUUGUGUAUGAAAAGCCUUUCUACAGGACAUCUAAACAAGUGUGCAGGUAUUUUAUACAAUUAACGGCAAAAGCCAUGAUGGUUGUUGAUAAAUUCUCUGAUUAUGACAAAUUCUAGAGUGCUUGUGUGUGUGUGUGUGUGUGUGUAUGUAUUUGGGGGUGGUUUAAGAUUAUGUAACUAUGUACAGAACAGAUAAUGAGAAAUGUAAUACAUGUCUGUUUAUGAAUGGUUUCCUGUAACUAGUUUUCAGUGGCUAUGCAAACUAUUUCUGUUCCCAGAGUUUUUACUGAGGAACCAAUGACACUUUUAAUAUGUUGUACCCUCCUGAUCAGAGCUUGUACAAUAAUCUGAGAUAAGAGGAGUUUGUCAGCUUUCUUACAAAAAGCUUUUUGUAAUUGUUUAAAGUGCACAUAAGUAAAUUUGAUGUUUUUGUCACCAACUGAUUGUCAUCAAUCAGCAAAAUUUAUUUGAGAUGUAAUUGCAGCUACUUCACAUGGCUAAAGGGAUCAGAAAUUUACAGCACAUGUCUAAAUCAAAAUGUUUGAGAAUUUUUAAAAAGAAAUGAAUGAACCAGAUUACAUCAGUCAGGGCAAAAUACCAUACGAUAUUGUGCCCAUUAACAAGUUGACAUGUUCGGGCGGCUGUUGUAAUAAAUAAAAUGAAAUUAAAAUGAAUAAAUAUUAGGAACAGAAGAAAGAACAGAGGAUGGAUAUACUCUGCGCUCUGAUUACAGAACG